GUCCAUAACUACGGCGCGCAUCAAACCAUUUAUUUAUGCAAUCAGUAGAAAGCCUUUAGCUCGGUCGACAAUGGCGUACCAGAAACUCCCCCUCUCUUUCGUCGCCUUUCUCUUGCUCGUUAACCUCCAUGGCGAGCACUCGAUGGCAAAGGAGGUCGUACCAGUGGGCGUGGUUCUUGAUUUGAACUCCCCGGUGGGAGGAGUUGCAGAGCGUUGCAUGUCCAUGGCACUCUCCGAUUUUUACGCUGUCAAUGAUGAUUAUAACACCAGGCUCGCUCUUUUGACUCUGGAUUCUGGGAAUGAUGUCAUUGCCGCAGCAUCUGCAGCACUGGAUUUAAUGAAGAAUGAAGAAGUGCACGCCAUCAUAGGACCUCAAACGUCAGCACAAGCUAAGUUCGUUAUUGAACUUGGACGAAAAGCUCAGGUUCCCAUCAUUUCCUUCUCAGUCACAAGCCCCUCUCUUUCCCCUGCUCAAAACCCCUUUUUCAUACGCACGGCGCUAGAUGAUUUCGCUGAGGUGAAAGCCAUAGCAGCCAUUGUUAAGGCCUACGGUUGGAGGGAAAUUGUCCUUAUUUGUGAAGACACAGAUUAUGGAAAUGGUUUAAUUCCAUACUUGAUGGAUGCUUUUGAAGAGUUUGGAACUCGAGUGCCUAACAAAAGUGUAAUCCCUCCAUCUUCCAGUAAUGAUGAAAUCGCUAAGGAGAUUAAAAAGUUGAAUGAAACUAAUGCUAGGAUAUUCCUUGUGCACACGACUGCUUCACUUGGCUCGAAGCUCUUUGUACUUGCAAAUAAUGCAGGAAUGAUGAGGGAAGGGUAUGCAUGGAUUAUCACAGCUGGCCUAUCAGCUUUGGUUGAUCCUUUGGGCCCAAAGGUGAAGGAGUCGAUGCAAGGUGUGCUGGGAUUGCGACCAUACAUACCCAGAUCAAAACAGUUGGAAGACUUCAGAAGAAGAUGGAAAAGAAAUUCAACCUCAAGCAAACCAAACGUUAAGAUUACUGGAUUAAACCUCUUUGGAUUAUGGGCAUAUGACACAGCUUGGGCUUUGGCUAUGGCAGUAGAGAAGGCUGGCAUAAUGCAUUCUGGAUUCUUAAAGAAAAAUGCUAGCAAAAGUAACGUGGAUCUUGCAGCUCUAGGCAUUUCUGAAACGGGUCAAACACUACUUCAUACGCUUCUAACUACUGAGUUUCAAGGCCUGAGCGGGAAAUUUCAAUUGAUUAAAGGACAGUUGCAACAUUCAGCCUUUGAAAUACUCAAUGUGAUUGGAAAAACAGAGAGAAUUAUUGGAUACUGGACAGAACAGACAGGACUUUCACAAGAAUUGAAUGGCAUUGGUGAAGUAGAAUACUCAAUUUCAAAGGUCGGACUCAAGCAACCAAUCUGGCCAGGAGACACAACAAACGAGCCUGCAAAGUUGAGGAUUGGGGUUCCAGUGAGAACAGGUUUUGAAGAAUUUCUGAAAGUGGAAUGGGAUCCUCGUACUGAUAAGCCUAUCAUAUCAGGGUUCUCCCAUGAUGUGUUUAUUGCUGUACUCAAGGCAUUACCAUUCCCCCUUCCUUAUGCGUUUAUUCCCUUCAUGAAUAAAGAUAGGCAGAGUGCUGGAACAUACGAUGACCUUAUUUACCAAAUCAAACUUCAGAAGUAUGAUGCUGUGGUGGGAGAUACAACAAUUGUUGCUGAUCGCUCCUUAUAUGUUGAUUUCACUUUGCCUUACUCAGAAUCGGGCGUGUCAAUGGUGGUUCUGGUGAAAGAUGAAGAAAAGAACAACUUUUGGAUUUUCUUAAAGCCACUAAGCUUGGAUCUGUGGUUAGCAACAGGUGCAGCAUUUGUCUUUACAGGUUUGGUGAUUUGGGUUCUUGAACACCGAAUAAACAGUGAGUUCAGGGGCCCGCCAGAUCAACAAAUUGGCAUGAUUUUCUGGUUCUCCUUCUCAACACUGGUCUUUGCUCACAGGGAGAGAAUGGUAAGCAAUUGGUCAAGACUCGUGAUGAUCAUUUGGUUUUUCGUGGUGCUCAUCCUCACACAAAGUUAUACUGCAAGUUUGGCCUCGAUGUUGACAGUACAGAGAUUGCAGCCUACGUUUGUUGAUAUAAAAGAGAUAAAAAGGAACGAUUAUUUUGUUGGAUAUCAAAAUAAUUCCUUUGUGAAAGGACUUCUAAUAAAACAAUUGAAUUUCAGUGAGUCCCAGUUGAAGCCUUACAGCACCCCUGAGGAGUAUCACGAAGCACUGUUUAAAGGAAUCAACAAUGGUGGGGUUGCAGCUAUUUUUGAUGAAAUUCCCUACAUCAAGCUCUUCCUUGCAAAGUACUGCUCCAAGUACACUAUGGUUGGACCGACCUACAAAACUGAUGGAUUUGGUUUUGCCUUCCCACAAGGAUCUUCUUUAGUCCCACACAUUUCGAGGGCAAUCCUUAAUGUGACUCAAGACAGAGACAAAUUCGGAGCACUUGAGCAGAAGUACAUUUCAAGUAGUGGAAGUACUAGUUCUUGUGAAGAUUCAAGUGCCUCAAUCUCUUCAAAUAGCCCUAGUCUCGGUCUGUACAGCUUUGGAGGCCUCUUCAUCAUCACUGGAGUUGUAUCCUUGUUCUCACUAUCGGUUUAUGUGUUGAAGUUCCUUCGCACACAUUGGCCUGCUUUGAGUACCACACAUCCUGAAAGCUCCUUUUCGUCCAAGUUGAUUGAAAUGGCCAAGUAUUUUGACCAGAAAGAAGAUCCCUCUUCACAUCCCAAUAUUGAGAGACAUACAUCUAGGGUACAUGCUGUAUCAAGUCCUGACGUAACAGAAUUGAACCACUCCAGGAAUUUCGACGUUGUAAGCUACAUGGAUGAGAGUCCUCCUUCUACGAGUUUUCCAUCUCGGCAUAGUGAUAUUACAUGUUUGGAUGAGGGCGUACCGAAUUAAAAAUCCAGUUCUUCUAUGUACAGAUAAUUUCGUGAACUCCUUUGCGCACGCCUGCUGGCAUGGAUUUUUAUAUUAUUAUUAAAAAAAAAAAAAAAAGGAGGAAGAGCCAUUUCUUUCACCAUUUUGCGUGAAUAAAGCCUUGACCAUCGUCUCCCCCCCCCCCAAGCACGUCGUCUCCAUUCCCAUUCCCAGAUUUGGGUCUCCAGCUUGAACGUCGUCUCUGCCAUUUUAGCACCUCAUUUCACAGGCCAUUGCUCCUCUGCGACCGACGUCUCUCUCUCAACCAUUUUUCCUCGGCUGCGCUGCACUCCUCCGCCCUGUGUUACAUCCGGUUGUGUUCCACCCAAUCGUCAGCGUCCUCUGUGAUAAGUGGUUACAUUUCCUCCAUUUUCAUGAAAGCCCAUGUGUUAGAAGAAACAUUCACUUCAAAUUUUUAGAUUACAAAAUUUACCCCUUUCAUCUAUAUUUUUUCACGACUGAAGCUUGAGCUUCACAGCCCUUCCAUCUGCCCCCAAAAGACCAAGGUGGUAGUGAGUUCAAAACUGCAUAUAGUUCCACACUGGCUAUUAUUUUACAAUUCCUUAUUGUUAUGUUUUGAUCAUUUUUUCUGUGUUUGACUCAGUCUCCAGAAUGAUAGUUGCCGACAAAUAGUGAUUCCAAGCAUUUAUGUUGUAAAAUUGAUAAGAUUGUGAAAUUGUGAAAAUAGAUACGCCAUCAGUCAUAGGGAAAGUGUAAUCAGUUCCAAAAACUACAUAUUCGUACAACAAUUCUUUAGAUUUUUUUCCCUUCCAGACUCUUGUGGACUUGCUUUCUAAAAUUAUUUUGGAUCUAUAGAUUUUUGUGACUUGUUAGAACCCAAGUAUUAGUUGAUUUGCUUGUCCUUAGGAAGACACUCAAAACAUAUACUCAUUACCUAUUACAGUUCCGGAAAGCAAGGCAAUGAUGAUGAAAUCCCUUUA